AAUACUGAAUAAUAGUUCAAUAUUAAAAUUGAUUCUUCUACAAUGCAGACAUCUCUAAAAUAACAGCAAACUAUGAUAAUUUCGGGAUUGUUUUCUUCUGCUGAACCCGGGGCUACGGGGCGUAGGUGGUAGCUUGCAUUUCCAUUACCGUCUAUGAACAGGCUCAUUCAAACCGAACCAGCAAUAAUUUCGUUUAUGUCAUGUUGAGCGACCUGUGGUGAUUCACUUUUUGUAUUUCACUAACACAACAGCUUUGUUUGUGCCGUGUGGCGGCUGUAAAACCUCUCCCCGUACCUUCAAUCAGAGCUGUUAUAUUUCAAUCUCUUCAGAACGUUCAGCUUUUAGCUUUAACAUUUCGACUUGGGUGUUUCCAAUACUCCCGUUUAAACAGCCCUUUGGGUGCUUUUUAAUUUUGUCUUUGUGUGCAGUUUCUGUGAUAUGCAUGCUCCAUUACCUCAGAUCCCUUCUCUAAAUUCUAGUUUGUUUUGAUCAUUUUUUCCUCGUUUAGGGCAAAGUCAUUAUUUUAACUGGGGACCACACGCCGCUUUUCAUGGAAUUGCACUCUGUAUAUCAUUGAAGGUUCCAUGCGUACCGCCGUAUGAAUACAUCUGCGGAUAUCGUUAAAUCAUAUUAUGGUACAUAUAACAUGUGUAAAUGUUGGGUUCUGCUCAACCUAUGGCUAGAGGAUGUGGACAGUUGCUUGCAUUUCCACCACCGUCCAUGAACAGGUUCAAUCAAAACGAUCCCACAAAAUUUUCGUUUAUUUCAUGUUGGGCAAUCUGUGGGGAUCCACUUUUUCUAUUCUAUGUUCUAUAACUUUACUAGAGGAACUAGGUCAUUUCCUCGAUAGAAAAAAUGAAAACAACAAUGCUGCUAAUUCAUUUAACAAUAGUGAAAUAACUUACGUCUUGUUAUGAGUACAGACUGCUCAACUGGUCGUUACGGUGAGGAAUGUGAGUUGUUCUGCCAUUGUGCUGACGGAAAACCUUGCGACAGGAGUACCGGAAUAUGUGCUACACCAGUGUGUGAUGUUGGUUGGACGGGUAAAGCCUGCAACACAGAAUGUCCCGAAGGACAUUACGGUCAACACUGUGCUCUGAGAUGCGGCAGUUGUAAACUCAAUACAUGUCACCCUGAAACGGGAGUGUGUGAAGAGGGAUGCUCUGAAGGUUUUACUGGGUGUUUCUGUUCACAGGAAUGUCGAGCCGGCUACUUUGGAAUAGAUUGUUCUAGUAAAUGCGGAAACUGCAAACAGGGUGAACUAUGUGACAGAAUCACCGGAGUUUGCUACAAUGGUUGUGAAACUGGCUAUACUGAACCCAGAUGUAAAGAUCAAAGCACAAGCAGCUCCGCAGUAACGGUCUUCUCUGUGUCUAGCCUGAUUUGGUCGCUUUUACUUUUUCUAUGACACUGAAGACAUUGUUCACGUUAAAACUUCUUCAUAAAAGUAUUGACAAAGACCACUCUAUCAAAUUGCUUUGAAAAUACUUCAGUGAUUUGUUCAAGACUUGAUAUCUUGCCAACUAGAAACAAAGAGUUGAAAUACAAAUGGUAAAUGUUUACCAUGCUAUGUGUGGAAACUUGUAUAGUACACAUACAUAAAUAUGCAUUACUGUUUUAUUAAAAAUGUAUUUUGUAAAAACUGUGACAUCUAAUUACAUUUGUAACCUUUACGUCCAAGAUCUUAUGUAAUAAUGAUACUUCACAUUCCCCGUUGAACAUAUUUUCAUAUCGUAUAUGACCGCGAUGUGACUUCAUGGAGUGUACAUUUUAUUAUAUGUGUAGCUUAAAAUCCGAAUGUUGAAUGAUGGGUUUACAUAAUAUUGCUGCUACAUGUUUUAAGUAUAUAUAGAUUAUGUUCAUUUUUAUUUCUGCUAGAUGGGAAUUGUAGAAUGUUAUUUAUAUGUACUUGUGUCCCUUAUUUUGUUUUUUGAUAUAAGGCAUGUGUAUUUAUCACAGUGUUACAAUAUUAAACCUUGUAAUGUGCGUUA